AAAAUCUGCGUCGCAGCAGCUACAAUAAUUGCGAGCCAAAGAAAAACCCACUCACUAUGUCUUCUCCUCCUCCUCUGUUCGAGAGCAGAGAAGCUCCAAAGGGAGCAAAACUUGUCCACAGGGCUUUUGCGGCCUCUGUUUUCGCUGGGUUGUGCUGCACAUGGAUUUACAGAGCCUCAUCUGCAGCUUCUGGAUUGGGGAGAUGGGCUUGGAAUGGGAUGUUUGCUGCAGAAUUGGUCCUGGGCUUCCACUGGAUCUGUUGCCAGGCAGUGCGUUGGAAUCUCACUCGUUAUUCCCCUCUCCCCCAUCUUCUCUCCCAAAGAUUUACGCACGAAGAAGAGUUGCCGGCGGUCGAUGUCUUCGUAUGCACGGCGGACCCUGUGAUAGAACCGCCGACGUUGGUGGUGAACACGGUUCUCUCCGUCAUGUCCUACAAUUACCCGACCCGUAAGCUGGCCGUCUAUCUCUCCGACGACGGCUGCUCGGAGCUGACUUUCUAUGCCCUGCACCAGGCUUCACAGUUCGCCAAACAUUGGAUACCUUUCUGCAAAAGGCGCAACAUUGAGCCCAGGUCCCCUGACGCUUACUUUGACAAACCGACGGCAAGACCGUCUGGUCAAGAGUGGGAAUCCAUGAAGGGUCAAGAUAAAAUAACUAAUUCGUCCCGCCCUUGUUUCCUUCUUGGUCCUGGCUGAUCCUCUAGAGUCGGGGCGAGUUUUGACGAGUCAGAAAUUGUACGAGGAGAUGAAGAGCAGGAUUGAAACCAUGGCUGAAAAGGGAAGUGUGCCACCCGAGACAAGAAGCCAACACAAGGGAUUCUUACAAUGGGGCCGUCAUAACAAUGUGACAAAGCGGAAUCAUCAAUCCAUCGUGGAGAUUGUUAUUGACGGGAGGGAGGAAGACGCCGUGGACGAAGACGGAGACCGACUGCCGACAUUGGUCUAUGUAGCAAGAGAAAAGAGGCCCCAAUUCCAUCACAACUUCAAGGCUGGAGCCAUGAAUGCUCUGAUAAGGGCGUCGUCGGAGAUGAGCAACGGAGCCGUAAUUCUGAACCUGGACUGCGACAUGUUCUCCAACGACCCGGACGCGAUCCGGGACGCACUCUGUUUCUUCCUGGACGAACAGAGUGGCCACCGGAUCGCGUUCGUGCAGCACCCUCAGCAGUACUUUAAUGUCACAAAGAAUGACCUCUACGGCAAUUCUCCUCUGCAAACUGACAAGGUUGAGCUAGCUGGGAUGGGAGGAUACGGUGCAGCGUUGUACAUUGGCACCGGUUGCUUCCAUAGGAGAGAAGCACUGUGUGGAAACAAGUACAGUUCCAAAGUUGAUGGACAAGGAAGCAUUAAUUGGAAGAGCAAUGAUGUCAAUAAAACGGCUAAAGAGAUGGAAGAAGCAUCGAAAGUUCUUGUUAGCUGUAGCUACGAAGAAGGAACUCGAUGGGGCAAAGAGAUGGGAUUGGUGUACGGGUGUCCAGUGGAAGACGUGGUAACAGGGAUGAAGAUACAAUGCAACGGAUGGAAGUCAAUCUACUACCGCCCGCAGAAGGAAGCCGCCUUCUUGGGUGUGGCUCCAAACACGCUGGAGAUCUCUCUCAUUCAACACAAGAGAUGGGCUGAAGGGCUCUUCCAGAUCUUCCUCUCCAGUUACUGCCCUCUGGUCUAUGGCCACAAAAGGCUGCCGCUUGGGGCUCAACUGGGUUACUGUACCUAUCUCCUGUGGGCAGCCACUGCCUUCCCUACUCUCUGCUAUCUCGUCCUCGCUCCACUCUGCUUGCUCCAAGGAAUCCCAUUGUUCCCUCAGGUGUCAAGUCCAUGGUUCAUACCCUUCGCGUAUGUCUACGGUGCAAGGACAAUUUACAGCUUGGUCGAGGGGUUGAUGUGCGGGUACACAGUCAAAGGCUGGUGGAACCUGCAGAGGGUUGUGUUGUUGAGAAGAUCGAGCAGCUACGUGUUCUCGUUCGUCGACACCGUCGCCAAACAGCUAGGGUUGUCCAAAGCAUCGGGGUUUGCCGUUACAGCGAAAGUGGUGACUGAAGAUGUAAGGCGGAGGUACGAGGAAGAGGUGAUGGAGUUCGGGAGCUCAUCUACGACGUUCAUCAUCGUUGCGACGGUAGCAAUGGUCAACUUGUUCGGGUUGGUCGGGGGAAUCGGGAAGUGGUGGUGGGUCGAUGGUGGGAUGAGUUUGAUGGGUUUGCAGUUUGGUCUUUGUUCGGUUGUGGUCGGGCUGAAUUUGCCCGUGUACGUGGCACUGUUUUUCAGGAGGGAUGACGGUUGUUUGCCGGUAGACGUUAUGUUCAAGGCCGUGGGUUUGGCUUCGUUAGCGGCAUGCCUCAUGGCCAUUUGACGAUAGGGAUGACAAAAAUAUCCGUGACCAUGAAUAUCUGUCAGAAUCCGACCUAAUCGGGUACGGUAUAACUCAAACCCGAAGGACUUUUAGUGGGUAUGGGUAAAAUCCGAACUCAAAUAUUGCGGGUAAUGGGUGGACAUGAGUUUUUCAUUAUCCAAGCCGCACCCGUCCGAUUAAAUACAUGUAUAUGUGUUUUAUCUAGAAAUAAUCAUUAUUUUGCUCUAACAUAUUUUAUAUUUAGCAUAUAAAUAUAAUAAUUUCAAGAAAUUGUGUUGUUUUAAUUAAUUUUCUUCAUUCUAGUGAAUUAUUGUAGUAUUUUCCCUCUUAUUUAAUGUGUGAAUACGUGUGAA